AUGCUGCAUCAUUAUAUCUUUGCAUAUAUUUUGAAUGUCAGCUCAGCGGCCGUCAAUCUAACAGUCACAGACCUGCAGGUGAGGAUGAAUCCUGCAUCUACAGACCAGAGAAAUGAGACAGUAAAACUGACCUGUGAGACUUCCUGUGAUUUGACGUCCAGACCUAAGAAUUACUACUGGAAAAAAAAUGGACAAUAUGAAAAAGAUCUUAGUCAUUCCAGGAGCAUUGAAGUUUCACUCGAAACGGCUGCCAGUUACUCCUGUUUUCUUACUAUAGGUCUUAUGAACUCCUCCUCUCCUGUGUGCAUUUCUAAGAGUGGCUGCUGGGAUGUGACUUACACCUCUAGAAGAGUCUGUGCUUUGGUGGGCUCAACAGUAGACAUUUCCUGCACAUACUCACAUCCCUCUGGUUAUACAGUAUAUAAAACAUUCUGGCAUUACGCUCGGCCUGCUGACUUUAAGGAUCUGCGUGAGGAGUAUCAGUUUGCUGGUCGUGUGGAGUAUGUGGGGAACAAACUGAGAAUCAAAGAGCUCAAGAUCAGCGACUCUGGAGAAUAUCGAUUCAGGUUCUUCACUAACACGACAAACGGCCAAUACUCUGCAUCACCUGGAGUCAUUCUUACUGUUACAGAUGCUCAGGUGAAAAGCAGCCCAUCUGUUGUAUCAGAGGGACAGGAAGUGAUAUUAAUCUGUUCAACUAAAUGCUCUCUGAACGACAAACAUACUUACAUCUGGUACAAGAACGGACGACAGGUAACGGAUGGAUUCACUAAAGACAACAAGCUGUACCUGGACUCAGUCAGCAAUGAAGAGCUUCACCAGUAUUCCUGUGCUGUAGGAGAUCCAGUGGACAGCACAGCGUUCAGCCAUUAUACAGUCACUCUGCUGGUGUUUUUACCUCAGUUUCUCAUAAUAGUGGCUCUGUGGAUGUGGUAUUUCAUCAGAAUCUCAUUUCAAAACCAAACAGAAAACAAAAAUGAAGAGAUUCUGAUGUUCCAGAUGUCUUCAUCUACAUCUGCUGUCUGUCCAUCAGAGCCGCUGGAGUGAUGUCAUUGUGUUCUUCCAUUGUGACAUCAUCACCUAGCAACAGUCAGAACUGUCAGCAGCAACACCAGUGAUACUGUGAUUUCAUAGACAGUGACAUAUGACUGUCAGUCUGCAUAAUCAAACAGUGUAAAAUGUAAAAAGAAACCUUUUCUCUAAAUAUCCUUUAAUAUCCUUUAAUAAAGUGGUACAACUUUU